AUGUCGUUCCGCGUCGUGCGCCAGUCCAAGUUUCGCCACGUCUUUGGCACUGCUGCCAAGCGUGAGGAUUGCUAUGAUGGCAUCCGCAUUACCCGCAAUGCCUGGGAUUCACCCUUUUGCUCGGUCAACGCCCGAUUCCUUGCGGUUGUCCUUGAGAGCGCUGGUGGUGGCGCCUUCACCGUGAUCAACCUCGAGAACACUGGUCGCCUGGACUUGAACGCGCCCAAGAUCUCGGGUCACUCUGCCGCUGUUCUGGAUAUCCAGUUCUGCCCCUUCAACGACUACGUCAUUGCUUCGGCUUCGGAGGAUUGCACCGUCAAGGUGUGGGAAAUCCCCGAGGGUGGUCUCAAGGACAACCUGACCGAGCCCGUGGUUGACCUGCGCGGUCACCAGCGUCGCGUUGGUCUCGUGGAAUGGCACCCAACAGCCGAGAACAUCCUGUUCUCGGCCGGCUUUGACUAUGUCAUUUUCGGCUGGAACAUUGGUACCGGCCAGCCCGUCGUCGAGAUCUCCUGCCACCAGGAUACCAUUUACUCCAUGUCCUUCAACUGGGACGGCUCGCAGUUUGUCACCACCUCCAAGGACAAGAAGCUGCGCAUCAUUGAUGCCCGCUCGGGUGAGGUCAAGGCCGAGACCGACGGUCACCAGGGUGCCAAGUCGUCGCGUGCCGUCUGGUGUGGUUCCAAGAACCGCAUCUUCUCCGCUGGCUUUAGCCGCAUGAACGAGCGUCAGUACGGCGUGUGGAACACCGACGACAUGUCCAAGGCCCUCAAGCUGGAGAUGAUCGACACAUCUUCGGGUACCAUCUUCCCCUACUACGACGAGGACACGGGCAUUGUCUACCUGGCCGGCAAGGGUGAUGGCAACAUCCGCUACUUUGAGCUCAUCGACGAAGCCCCCCAUGCCCACUUUAUCAGCGCGUACCAAUCGUCCACUCCCCAGCGCGGCGUGUGCAGCAUGCCCAAGCGCGCCCUCGAUGUGGGGGAGUGCGAGAUCAAUCGCUUCUACAAGCUCACGCCCAAGGGCUUUGUCGAGGUCAUCAAGAUGACCGUGCCCCGCAAGUCCACCCUCUUCCAGGAGGACAUCUUCCCUCCCACCAAGGAGGACUGCGCCGUCCUCUCUGCUGAGCAGUGGCUUGCCGGCGAGAACGCUGAGCCUCGUCGCAUCUCCCUCAAGGACGGCUACGAACCCCCAUCCCGUGCCACCCUGGCCGUCGCCGAGUCGGUGAAGCAGGAUGCCAAGGCGGCUGCCAACGACGACGGUGAUGUUGCCCCCAAGGGUGAGAAGGAGCUGCUCAAGGCGUGGCAUUCACAGCGCAAGGAGAUUGAGGAUCUGAAGAAGCAGCUCGCAACAGCGCAGAUUAAGAUCCGACAGCUGGAGAACUAGGAAAACCAAACAACAGAGUAUUUGUUGCACCGCCCUUUUUUCUUUUCUUUUCUGUUUGGCUUGUUUGUUUUGCUUUGCUGCAGUAGGUCCCGGCAUGCUUUGAACGUUGGUCACCUCUCUUGUUCAUGGAUGUGGCGAGCUCAAAACAAGCGGCUCACUGGGCGAGUGCCCCCUUGUGGUGUUUGGUUUUUUUCGUCGUUGUUCGCACGUGUUAUCUUCUCUACGUUUUCUUCCCACUUCAUGGCGCGCACCAUACCGCGUCAACCUUGUUGACUGACUGGCUUGAUUGAAAAAAAAAAAAAA